UAAAACGCAGGCGCUCCAGCAGGGAGGGCGGCGCCUUGGUCCCCUGCAAAGUUCACCCAGUAGACGAUCCCUGCAGACUCCAGCCCAAACAUGUCCAAGCCGAAGGACGCCGUCCCUACCAUCAUGCAGACCCAGCAGCUGUCCGCCGCCAUGGCCGACACUUUCCUCGAGCACCUGUGCCUGCUGGACAUCAACUCCGAGCCGGCCGUGUCUCGCAACACUGGCAUCAUCUGCACAAUCGGACCUGCCUCCAGAUCCGUGGAGAUGGCCAAAGAAAUGAUCAAAGCCGGGAUGAACAUUGCAAGAAUGAACUUCUCUCACGGUACACAUGAAUACCAUGCAGAAACUAUCAAUAAUAUCCGCGAGGCGACCGAGAGCUUUGGGCCCGGAUCUAUUGAAUACAGGCCGGUGGCCAUCGCUCUGGACACCAAGGGACCAGAAAUCAGGACCGGUCUCAUCAAGGGCAGCGGCACUGCUGAGGUGGAGCUCAAAAAGGGCGAAACCAUCAAGGUCACCACAAACGAUCAGCACAAGGACAACUGCGAUGAGAAAACUCUGUGGCUCGACUACAAAAACAUCAUCAAGGUGGUGCAGAUCGGCAGCAACGUCUACAUAGACGACGGUCUGAUUUCACUCAAAGUUAAAGAAGUCGGAAACGACUACCUGAUGUGUGAGAUUGAGAACGGUGGCAUGCUGGGCAGCAAGAAGGGCGUCAACCUGCCGGGCGCGGCCGUCGACCUGCCGGCUCUGUCCGAGAAGGACAUCCAGGACCUGCAGUUCGGCCUGGAGCAGAACAUCGACAUGGUCUUCGCCUCUUUCAUCCGCAAGGCGGGCGACGUUCACGCCGUGAGGAAGGUUCUGGGCGAGAAGGGCAAGGACAUCAAAAUCAUCAGCAAGCUGGAGAACCACGAGGGCGUGUGCCGGUUUGAUGAGAUCCUGGAGGCCAGCGACGGCAUCAUGGUUGCCCGCGGCGACCUGGGCAUCGAGAUCCCAACAGAGAAGGUGUUUGUCGCCCAGAAGAUGAUGACGGGCCGAUGCAACCGGGUCGGCAAACCUAUCAUCUGCGCCACACAGAUGCUGGAGAGCAUGACCAAGAAGCCGCGCCCGACCCGGGCCGAGGCCACCGACGUGGCCAACGCCGUGCUGGACGGCAGCGACUGCAUCAUGCUGAGCGGCGAGACCGCCAAGGGAGACUACCCUCUGGAGGCGGUGCGCACCCAGCACAUGAUCGCCCGCGAAGCCGAGGCCGCCAUGUUCCACAGGCAGACGUUCGAGGAGCUGCGACGCACCUCUAACCUGACCCGUGACCCCACUGAGUCCGUCGCCAUCGGCGCCGUGGAGGCUUCCUUCAAGUGCUGCGCCAGCGCCAUCAUUGUGCUCACCAAGACGGGCAGGUCAGCCUACCUGCUGUCCAGGUACCGGCCCCGCGCCCCCAUCAUCGCCGUGACCCGCUGCGGGAUGACGGCCCGCCAGGCCCACCUGUACCGCGGCAUCUACCCGGUGCUCUACACCAAACCCGCCAGCGACGUCUGGGCCGAGGACGUCGACCUGCGCGUGAACUUCGCCCUGGAAGUUGGUAAAUACCGUAAAUUCUUCAAGUCGGGUGACGUGGCCAUUGUUGUGACCGGCUGGCGCCCCGGCUCUGGCUACACCAACACCAUGAGGGUGGUGCUGGUGCCGUGAGCUGGAUUAACCUUUCCCUCACCUUUGACCUUCCUUCCCUCCAUCCUCGACCGGUUUCCACCUCAGAGUCCAAACCAGACGCAGAUUCUCAGUAACGCCAUGAUUCCUUCCUCCAAUUUGUCCAGUUUAUUGUCUAAAUCCUGUUUUGUUCUCUCCCAUGUUAUAUGUGGAACUUUAAGUUGAUAAAAUAUUUAAAAUUAAUUGGCAUGAUAAAUAAAAAGGAACUGUUGGAUAAGAUGUG